AUGCCUGUCAACGAGCUGGCAGACGAUACGUCGGUACAGGGCUUCCAAUACCAGCCAUUGAGACCGGAUAGACAGGAAAUUCGUCUUCUCCAUCUGUUAUCCCUCGACAAAGAUAGAUUGAAUCUAGGUUCUGAUCAUCAAACAUUGGUAUCCUGCCGGCUAGAGCAUGCCAGCCUCGGAGACAGGCCCUAUUACACAGCGCUGUCCUACACUUGGGGAGACCCAAGCGCCACGCACGAUAUCAUAGUCAACGAUCAACAUGUCCGAGUAACUAGUAACCUGGAGUACGCCUUGAGGCAUUUCAUCGUCGAGAGCCGAAGCAACGGAGGAGAUGGUCAGAAUGCCAUGAUCCUUUGGGUCGACGCCUUGUGCAUCGACCAGCAAAACGAGGCAGAAAGAAACCAACAAGUUUCUCGGAUGAACGAGAUUUUCGAGACAGCAAGACAGACCAUACUCUGGAUCGGCCCGGCCAGCGAGGAUAGCGACUUUGCCUUCGAAUCCCUGCGCAGACUAAGUCAGUCGCCGAUCCCAGACGAUGUUCACUCAUGGUCUGAAGUCUCCUUCGACAAGACCUCGUCCGACCCAUCAGUGCAGACCGUCCAGAGAGUACUGGACGAGAUACUUCUUGUUCUUCAACUCGACAAUUCAGCGAGGCUGGCCGCCAUUACUUCUCUAUACCAGAGGCAUUGGUUUCGGCGGGUCUGGGUCAUCCAAGAGGCCGUGCUGUCACGGAACGCCUUCGUCUGCUGCGGGCGGGAGUGGGUGCCAUGGCACGUAUUCUUUCGAGGCUUCUGGGUGUUGUGCGGCGUGCGAGACUAUCUAAACCUCGCAGGAGCCGGUCAGCAGGAUAGCUCGGCUCUCGCGGACGUGCUCACAUUGGCCUUGGGCCGGGUGACGCCUGUCGCCUUCACGACGCCCGACCUGUCCCUCCUCGAGCUCCUUUCUCUGCUAUCUCGGAUGGCGCCGCGGGUCCAGCUCCAGGCAUCGGACAAAAGAGACUACAUUUAUGCGCUCCUGAGUUUGAUUGACACCCACCAGAGUCCGUUGGUUAUGGUUGACUACACAAAGGACUGGGCGACUAUUCGGACAGAAGUCGGGGAAGCAUGUUUGACUUACUAUGGACUCUGCAUGCUGUCUUUUGCCGGCAACUGCUCUGGGAGUGAGCUUGCUGGUCCCAUUUUGCCAAAUUCACCACCGUCAUGGGCACCAGACUGGUCGUCGAAGGAUCUGCCGCAACCGUUGUACACGACACCAAUCUUUGUGGUUCGGGGCGGGAGGAGGCACUGUCCGUAUUCUGCAGCUCAAAUGUCUACCCAAACGCUAGCACAGUCAUUCAGUGUCAAAGGAAGAUUGGAUCUGAUAGGUUUGUACGUCGACGAGAUCAUGCACCUGGGCCAGCCCUUCACCGAACAUGGCGACACUGCGGACGACGCAGCUCGCGUGGCUAGGCUCUCCACUUGGCUCCACGAUCUCGACACCACUCUCCUCCCCCGCGCCAACGAGGUCUACAAGACGGCAGAAGAAGUGCACGACGCCCUUUGGCGGACCCCGAUCGCGGAUCGCGCAUACGUGCACAGCUGGGAAACAGCGCGGGCAUCUGAGGAGACCCAUCGGGCGUACCAGGCUGUGAGGGCGGGCGGUGAUGUUGGUCAAGGUGUCAAGUAUGCCAAAAUCGCUUUCAAUAAGCUCUUGCAAAGGCGCCCGUUUCGUUCUCGGAAUGGAUAUAUCGGGAUCGGACCGGUCGGGAUGUGCCCGGGUGACUUGAUUUGGAUCCUGCCUGGUGCAGACGUGCCUUUCGUCUUUCGCCCGGGCAGGGACGGCGGUUUCAUCGUUGUGGGAGAGGCGUAUGUUCAUAAAAUCAUGGACGGGGAAUUCUUUGAGAUGACUAAAAGACACCAAAUUGUGAGUUUGGUAUGA